ACAAAAGAAUAACCCAAAUAUAGAAAAGGAAUAUAAGAAAUCCUAAAUCCUAGAAAAAUCCUCCAUUUUUCACUAUUCUCUCAUACUCAAAAGAUGGAAAUGAGCACCUUAACAUUCACUAUACAAUCAUCUUCAACACCAUUGAAUUUCUUCAACCAUGGUUUGAAUUUGAAACAAUUAAAACCUUCAAUUUUCCCAGCAACAAUUUCAAGAACAAACACAUUUAAUUCAUUGAAUCAAACCAGAAAAAGAAUCAUUCAAGUUAAAGCCUUUAAUGGGUCAUUUGAACACCAAACUUUAUCUUCUAAUUGGGAAAUUGCAGGAACAGCUGCACCUUAUUUGCCCAGAUUUGAAGAGCUUGAUACUACCAAUAUGCUUCUUCGUCAAAGAAUCAUCUUUUUGGGUUCUCAAAUUGAUGACACUACAGCUGAUUUUAUCAUAAGUCAACUCUUACUUCUGGAUGCUGAAGACUCCAAGAAAGAUAUAAAGUUGUUUAUUAACUCUCCUGGUGGAUCUGUAACUGCAGGGAUGGGAAUUUAUGAUGCUAUGAAACAGUGCAAGGCAGAUGUAUCUACUAUUUGCAUGGGAUUAGCUGCAUCCAUGGGAGCAUUUCUUCUUGCUUCUGGUAGUAAAGGGAAGCGCUAUUGCAUGCCAAAUUCAAGAGUGAUGAUCCAUCAACCACUUGGAACAGCUGGUGGAAAGGCAACAGAGAUGAGCAUACGUAUUAGAGAAAUGAAUUACCACAAGCUCAAGCUUAACAAAAUCUUGUCGAGAAUCACCGGAAAACCUGAGGAGCAGAUAGAAAUAGACACGGAUCGUGAUAAUUUCAUGAAUCCAUGGGAGGCAAAAGCAUACGGACUAAUAGAUUUUGUUAUCGAUGAUGGUAAGCCUGGCUUGAUUGCUCCCAUCGGAGAGACCACCGCACCUCCAAAAACAAAGGUUUGGGAUCUUUGGAAGAUCGAGGGUAGUCGCAAAGCCAAGAAGAAUCUUCCCUCCGAGAACAAGAUCUUACGGAAGGGUUAUGCUGGGAGCCAAGAUAAUCAGGACAACGAAUCCUCGAAUCCAAUAUAAGUCCACAUCCCCGAUUUUCCCAACUAGUAUAGAUGUACUCAAUUUUCUCUACGAUUUGUGUUAGUGAUGUAGAACUCAUUCGAUUUUCGGAAUAUAUGAAACUCAAGAAAAUAAUUUUGUUGUA